AGAUGUGAAAGUGUUGCAGCCUUCCUGGUGCCCAGCAGUCAUUCUGCAUGAUCUGUCAGCGAGAAACCUGCCGCUUCCGUCUCCAUUUUUAUAUUCCGAGCACUCGUGUGCGCAGGAGGAAGGUUCAUGCAUGGACUGGAUAACUUCUGGAGAAGAAGGGAGCCUUUUUAAUUGAGGGUGCUGCUUCUUCAAAGGCCAAAAAGACAUGGGGAUUUGCUGCUCCAGGUGCAGAUCCAAACUGCCAGUCUUGGAGAACCCACCAGACUCGGUGUCACCACCACCUGAAGAGAGCUGGACUGUUUCGCUCUACGACUUCCCCACGUUUGAUGGCGCCAACCUGAUCAUGACCAUCGGGGAGAGACUGACCGUCCUAUCAGAAUGUGGCGGCGUGAUGAUGGUGAGGUCAAUGAGGACUAACAGAGAGAGUUACAUUCCCACCAACUACACCGCCAACGUGACACAUGGGUGGUUCUUCACAGGCCUCAGCAGACACAAAGCAGAAGAACUUCUCAUGCGGCCGCAAAACCAGAAUGGAAGCUUCUUGGUGCGAGCGUCAGAAACAAAAGCAGACUGUUUUUCGCUGUCUGUCCGCUGGCAAAGCAGCACUGGCUUGUCAGGCCGCGUGAAGCACUACCUCAUUGCUCAUCUGCGUAACGGCCGGGUUUACGUGUCGCCAAAGUGCUCCUUCUCCUCUGUGAAACAGCUGGUGGAACAUUAUUCCGAAUCGGAGGAUGGACUUUGCUGUCGGCUAAGAGAGCCUUGCUUCAUUCAGGGUUCAGACGUCCCAGGGGGGACCAGGCUCGUCGUCCCCGCAGAUAACAGGACGGCCACACAAUGGAAGGACGCCAGCAGAUCCGGGAUAGUGAAAAGGACGACAACCUGGUCAGACAAGGCGGUGGUGAGCGAGGGUGUGAGGGAGGCCAUCAGCUCCUACCUCCAAAUGACAGACUGCGACAAUGACGGCUGGGACACUUGAGGAAAUACGUUUAUUUCAAUUGGUAUUCAAAAUGAACUUACAUUUCUGUCUUUGUAUUCUUAAAAUAAAAAUAAAUACAUAUUGAA